ACCUUUUCCAUAAACGACGCUUCGGCCUCUUAUAACUCUUUCCCUCACUUUAAAAAGAUUCGAUUUUUGACUGCAAAUUUUGCCUAAAAAGAGAAAUUCUUAAAGCAAAUCGGAGAGACUCCGGCGAUGGCGUUAUCACGACUUUCUUCGCGAUCCAACACUUUCUUAAAGCCGGCGAUCACCGCUUUGCCCUCCUCCAUCCGCCGUCAUGUUUCCACAGACUCAUCACCGAUCACAAUCGAAACCGCCGUCCCUUUCACAUCGCAUCUAUGUGAAUCGCCGUCACGCUCCGUCGAGACUUCAUCGGAGGAGAUCUUAGCCUUUUUCCGUGACAUGGCUCGGAUGAGGAGGAUGGAGAUCGCAGCAGAUUCUCUUUACAAGGCUAAGCUGAUCCGUGGAUUCUGCCAUUUGUACGAUGGUCAAGAGGCUUUAGCGGUGGGAAUGGAAGCUGCGAUUACCAGAAAAGAUGCGAUUAUUACAUCGUAUCGUGAUCACUGUACUUUCAUUGGUCGUGGUGGGAAGCUUGUUGAUGCUUUCUCUGAGCUUAUGGGAAGAAAAACUGGUUGUUCUCAUGGUAAAGGAGGAUCUAUGCAUUUCUAUAAGAAAGAUGCUUCCUUUUAUGGUGGACAUGGGAUUGUUGGUGCUCAGAUUCCAUUGGGAUGUGGUUUGGCUUUUGCUCAGAAGUAUAAUAAGGAUGAGGCUGUGACUUUUGCCUUGUAUGGUGAUGGUGCUGCUAAUCAGGGACAGUUGUUUGAGGCCUUGAAUAUUUCGGCUUUGUGGGAUUUGCCUGCGAUUCUUGUUUGCGAGAAUAACCAUUAUGGAAUGGGAACGGCUACAUGGAGGUCCGCUAAGUCGCCAGCUUAUUUCAAGCGUGGAGAUUAUGUUCCUGGCUUGAAGGUGGAUGGUAUGGAUGCACUGGCUGUGAAACAGGCGUGCAAGUUUGCCAAGGAGCAUGCUCUCAAGAAUGGACCUAUUAUACUUGAGAUGGACACUUACAGAUACCACGGUCACUCUAUGUCUGACCCAGGAAGCACCUACCGUACUCGUGAUGAAAUCUCUGGCGUGAGACAGGUGCGUGAUCCAAUUGAAAGGGUGAGAAAGUUGCUCUUAUCUCAUGACAUAGCUACAGAAAAAGAGCUUAAGGACAUGGAGAAAGAGAUAAGGAAAGAAGUAGAUGACGCCGUAGCUCAGGCUAAGGAGAGCCCUGUACCAGAUGCAUCUGAGCUAUUCACAAAUAUGUACGUGAAAGACUGCGGAGUUGAGUCAUUUGGAGCAGACAGAAAAGAACUCAAAGUAACACUUCCAUAAAUCAUUGCUUCCCAAGGAGAUGAUGGUUCAAUAAAUCGAAAGGCAAGGCUACACAAAUCUUUUUAACUUCUACCAAAAUAUUUCUGGUUUUUUUCAAAUUUUCAUUUCAAGUGUAAAGCCAUUGCUUCAUCAGUUUGCCAACUUUUUUGUUCUCACGCUUUAACAUUGUUAUUGACACCACCAAGCAAGAAGCUUCAAACAUCA